AUGCCAGAGGUUUUGGCUCUCUCGCCGGACCAAGAGCCAGAUCUCUCAACGUUCGAAAACAAGUCUGGUCUGGCGGAAGACAUGAAGUUCUUGGCAUCGAUGCCCGAACUGUGUGACGUCACAUUUCUCGUGGGCGAAACACGUGAACCGGUUUGCGCUGUCAAGGCUGUUCUUGCUGCCCGUUCUCGUGUCUUUCAAAAAAUGCUGUAUCAAGCACCGUCACCGCAACAGCGAAAAAAGGAGCCCGCUCCACGCGAAAAUAAGUUGCGACUUUUCUUGAAGCGAUCCUCGGAGCCUUUGUUGAAUUUGCAAAAUGCCGCGCAACAGGGACAACAGCAUCAAACACUCAUCAUUGAGGAAUUCGAACCGGAUGUCUUUCGUCAAUUGAUCGAAUACAUUCACACGGGAUGUGUUACCUUACAACCUCGUACGCUUCUUGGUGUCAUGAAUGCUGCCGAUUAUUACGGACUUGAGGAAUUACGGAGAUCUUGUGCGGGAUUCGUUCAAUGUUGCAUCAAUGUCGAUACGGUUUGUGCGUUGCUGGCUUCCGCGGAGCGUUAUAUUCAGUACAAGUGCACAAAAACGCUCGUUCAGAAGGUGCUUGAGUACGUUGAUGAGCAUGGAAAUGAGGUUUUGAAUUUGGGGAGUUUUACGUUGUUGCCGCAACAUGUCGUUCGUUUGAUUUUGGUGCGCGAGGAAUUGCGAGCAGAUGAAUUUACAAAGUUUCAAGCUGCCUUGAUGUGGAGUAAGAAGUACUGCGAUUCGAAUCCGACGCCGUUGAAAGAGGUUAUUGGGAAUUUUUUGGAGUACAUUCAGUUUCAUAAGAUUCCGGCGAAUGUUUUGAUGCGAGAAGUGCAUCCGUUGGGAAUUGUUCCGUAUGCCAUUAUUAUGAAUGCGUUGGCGUAUCAAGCUGAUCCAGCAAGCGUUGAUCCCGGCAAAUUAUCGCCCAAUUCAAGUCGAGUUCGUCGUGCUCGUCAAUCUCAUCAUAACAAGUCACUUCCCAAGAUCCGCAAAGCCAAAAGCCAGAGUUUCCGUACGCACCGUCGAUCGCCAUCCGAACGCAAAAGUCCCUCAAACCUCUCGCAAGGGCCGUGGAAUUUAUCAACUGAAAAGUCGCGUCGUUCACCCGGAUCAUUUUCCGCCACAGACAAAAGUCCCGGCAGCUACUCGCAAAAAAGCCCCUCGACACUUUCGCGUCAAGGCACGAUGAAACAAAGCAUGCACAAGCGCAAAAAUAGUCUCAGCGCCUCGUUAAAUUUGAGCAAUCAGGGACGUCGUUCGCCGCUUCACAGUCCGCAGGGGAGAAAAUCGCCGAAUUUCUUGAUGCACGAUCAAAUGCGAAGUCCCGUCGGGGAUCGUCGCAGCCCAACUUCGAGUUCUCGUCGAUCUCCGGUGUCGGGAUUCUAUCAACCUUCGCAUACACCCGAAAAAUUGAGUCCUUCGGGACAUCCAUCGUACGAUAGACGUUCUCCAACAAACCACAAUUUCAACAUAACUUCGCCAAUUUUACCGAUGUGCGAUAGGAAAAGUCCCAUGGGCAUCAUUCCGCCGAUCACAAUCUCGAAUCCCUCAGAAACGUAUCCAAUCAUCAACAAAAUCAUGCCUUCUCAACCAGAAAAGCCUUCAACUAGUCCUAAGUCUCCUUCACGCGAAUCCGCAAACUCGUCGCCGCAACCUCCAUCGGUGUCGCCAACGCCGCCCGAGAAGAAAGAACGACCAAGCGUUAUGAAAGAAAUUCUAAAUUUUGUGCGAAAACCCUCGAAAAAGGUAACGACGCAAACGAGCAAGUUCGCGGCGGCAUUUACGCGACGCGAAAGUGGCAGCGGCUCACCCUUGAUGCGUCAAAGCACAUUUUCGAGCAUACCAAAUACCUCAAGUCGCGCCGGGCGAAACGCCAUCACGAAACAAAUUUCCGAAGUUGGUACGGCAUUCGAACCAAAGAUGUCGCUGAAGCUCAAAUCGGUUGGUUCAAAGAUGUCGCUGCGGUUGCGUCGCUUCGAAAAUCGUCACGAAAAGGAGAAAAAAUCGAGUGGCGAUGAAACAAGUGACAGCGGCAAAGUUGAAUCGAGCGUCGUAAUCGAUUCGCCCGAAAUUUUCGAAAUGGAAAAAGUCAAAUUCGAAAAAGUCGGCGAAUCGUAUCGACAUGAUCACAUUUCCGAAGAGGGCGCUUCUUCCAAACCGGGAUCGCAAGAUCAAGAAUCCGAAGCGAAUCAUUUGUCGGCGAAAAUUGAGCAUGUCUAUGAGGAGUUGAAGAAGUCUCUCGAGACAAUAAUGGAUAAAACGAACCUUCAAACGGAUAACGAAGCAGCUGGAGGUCAAUUGGCGAUGAACACAAUUCCGUGCGAAAUUCAAAUUGAACCGCCAUCUCGUCGAGCGUCUUUUGAUCCGCCUCGUUCGCCAUUUUUGGAGAAUUUACGAAGUCUCAGCAGCACAGAUCACAGUCGGCUUGAUAGUGGCGGCGAAAGUUUCGAACUUGUCGAUAGCGAUCGUUACCGGGAAUCAUCGUUCGAGGAUCGUUGCUCUUCAAUUAGCAGCAGUUUCAAUAUUUCGCGUUACCAAUCGACGAGUUACGAAGAUCCAACAUCCAGUUUUGAGAUUGUCGAAGGUACGAGUGAAGCAGGCGUCAUGGUUCGUUCAUUCGAGGGGAAACGUUCGCCGCGAAAAUCUUCAAUUGAACUCGUUGAUGCGGAAACUUUUGCACGUUCAAGCCCCAAAGGCAGGAAAUCCAGCUUGGAAACGCAUUUUGACUUGGCAGAAAAUUACAAAACGAAACAUUGCGGCGUUUCGGGAAAGCAUCAGGGUAAAGAAGUGAAGAAACAUUAUCAUCAUCAUCGUGCUCGAAGCCCGUUGUCGUACCAAACAUCCUCGAAUUACAGCUCGCGCGACAGUUAUGACUCCAAUAUGGAUCCGAUGAAUCACACACGACAACAUUUCGUCGUACCAAAAGCCGGAAAUGGCCCAAGUGCGGCGCUUUUGUGCACUGACAAGCGUUGCGCGCAAAUUUUCGAGCCUCGUCCCGCUCGAAAUCACAGCCCGGCAUUUUUAGGUCCGCAAGAUACCUCAUCGGGAAGCGAAUUUGAACCGCCAUCUCCGCGCAGGGCAGCAAGUGCAUCGCCAAAACACACAUUUACGUUCCGCAUCGUGCUGAAAAAAGUAGAAAGCUCGCCGGAUGACAUUUGUCCCACAGCGUCAGGUGAACGGGGACGUUCUCGUGAUUCGCGGCAUCGACGUCGCGAUUCGCGCAAAAAAAGACUUUUUGAAACAGGAAAAAGCUUUUAA